ACACAAAUAAAUUUUAAACAAAUAAAUUUCUAAACGUACUCUAUUCAUCCAUAGCUGUUACAAAUAUUUGCAGUAUUUUUUUUUAUCAAAGGAGCAAAGCCCACCAUGUUGCCAAUGCCAUUGCACAAAUGUCAACAUGCAAGAUGGUUAAAAUAUACAUGGUUAAAAUAUUUAAAAUAAAUGAGUGAGGGACUUGAAAGCAUUUACCACCACACAUUUUUUUGCAGUAGUGUAUGAUGUCAGGUAUUCAAGGAGUUUAUUCUCCUAUACCACAAAAUUUAUCAGACACAGAAUCCGAAGACGAUUUACACAACGCCUUGAGUUCACAAAUAAACUACAGACUCAACAAAAACAAUCCUGUAGUUAAUUACAACACUAACCACAAAAUGGCAAAUGGAUUUGAACCAACGCAUAACAAUUAUCAUGGUCUGGACGAAAUGGAAGACCACGGUUACACAAGCGAUACAGUAGGUAUAAUGACUAACGAGAAAAAACCAAUGUCUCCUGUUCGUAAAUUCUGUUUUGUCUUAUCUUUAAUGGCUUGCUUGUUUACGAUAAUCGUGUUUUUAUGGGUGAUACCGUGUUCAGAGAACCUAACCUGCAAACCUUUGUCAUCUGUAAUAAAAGUCUCCAAUUGGAAUAAAGGUUAUACAGGCUUGGAACUUAAGGGUGUUAUUAACAUUGUUGAAGGCAUGUCCGGACGUAGUAAAAACCUUAUAUUUUUAUACCGUGGUGAUAUGAUCACGGAGCACGAGAAUGGAACGUUUAAAGAAGGCGGUGUGAUUUCUAUAAUGGCUGCGAACGGUGAGGUUGUUUGGUACCGGGGGAUGAAAAAGUCGCCUGUGGAUAUUGAUUGUGGGUUGAUUGAUAUAGAUGGGAACGGUUUGUCGGAUUGUUUGGUUUUAGGCACUAACGGGUUAAUGGAAAGUUUGAAUCCUAUAUCAGGUAUUUCGUACUGGUCGUUGGAUUUACCGUAUCUCACCAUAAAUAGUAAUGAGUUUCCUGUAGUUUUAAUGGACUUGGAUAAAGAUGGUGUGUAUGAAUUAUUAACGUCUUGUAAAUCAAAUGGGACGGAACUUUAUGUUAUUAUUAUUUCUGGACGUGUUGGUAAAAUUUUGGGACAACCGUUAGGUGUCCCUGAUUGCUCCUCAAUCUCCAAACUUGCGAUAAACGAGCGCUUAGAAAUUACUUUUAUAUGUCACCAUAAUGAAACUGAUGUUUAUAGGAUUUUACCGUUCAAAUCUUUGUACUCAAAAAUUUCUAACAAGUCCGUGAACGAUAAAAAUAUGUCCAGUAUCAUUCCUAAACAACACCAGAAGUACGGACAACGUAAAGACACCGAAAACCAGACAAACAUUUAUGAAUCCAAUGGGCGCCAAUUAAUCGUUGAGAACCACGGACGUUGUCCCCAUUGUAGAGUCUCUGUACAACUCGUGGACAAACGUAAUGGUGUUAAUAAUGUCACCUGGGACUACCAUAGUGUCGGUGUGUACGGUAUGGUCCCCGCAAAUUUAUCCUUCAACCAAUCAAACAACACCAUCAGCGGCUUUGUGCUCAAAUUCUGGCAAUGGGUCAUCCCUAACCCUACCCAAGACAAUGCCACAACCAAAUCCAGACAACCGAUUGAUUUAUUCCUCAGUAAUUAUGCAACAAAGCAAAGCUGGAGCAUGAAAUCAUUAAUCAUCAAACGUAGCCUUAAACGCAACUACUACACCGAAAAGUACUCCAAAUUAAUCCACAAUCUAACCGAACGAGUCGUCUUGAUCUCGUUUGAUGAUAAAGAUAUCCAUAUUGUCAACGCUAGUCAGAGUGAUGUCAAGCAGAUUUGCGUACAAAGCGAACAACCUUUUUGCCAACCGGAGUUGGUGUACCAAGAAAAUUCCUCAACGAUUGCUGAUUUGGAUGAAGACGGUUCACAGGAGUUGAUAUCCUAUUUGUCGACUUUUGUUGAGACUCUUCAGGAAGGUCAAUGGGAGUUGAAGACUUCGGUUCGGGUUGUUCGGUUGGAGGCACCAAAAUUGUAUGAGGCAGUCACCAAGCAUUGAAU